AUGUCCCGCAACAUGCCUGGUGGUAAAGGAAAGGGCAAGGGAGGUCGCGGCGACAAGAAACAGACGACUUCGUCUUCGUCCAAGGCGGGCCUUCAAUUUCCUGUCGGUCGUAUCGGUCGUUACUUACGUCAAGGAAAGUACGCAACCCGAAUGGGAGCCGGGGCACCCGUGUACCUUGCUGCCGUUCUCGAGUAUCUGUGUGCGGAGAUUCUGGAGCUGGCAGGUAACGCCGCACGCGAUAAUAAAAAGAGCCGCAUCGUACCGCGUCACAUCACGCUUGCCGUCAAGAACGACGAGGAACUGAACAAACUUUUGGGAAACGUCACCAUUGCCGCCGGAGGUGUGUUGCCCAACAUUCACGCUAUCCUGUUGCCAAAGAAGACAAUCAAGACCAAGGGUCCCAGUCAGGACUACUAA